AUGUAUGUUGCAGAGCGGCUCAAAGAAAAGCUCGAUCAAGAGAGAAUUGCAACUGAUUUCAGUGCAAAAGAUGUAUGGGAUGAACUGCAGGCCAUGUAUGCUCCUGCUGUUGUUCCACCAGAAUUGCCUGCAGUCGUUUUAGAUACACAAGUAGAUCGAUAUAGAGAAGAGGCUCACCGAGAGUUGUAUAAGGUUAUUUUAGAUCGAGAAUGGAGUUCGGUUGAAGAAAUGUUGGUGGGAAGACAUAUUACAGUUAUAGACAAAAUCACCAAUAAUGGCAACACAGCACUCCAUGUAGCAAUCAGUACUUCCAAGAAGCUCGAAUUACUGGAGAAAAUGUUGAGACUCACACCGGAGAACACACAACUAAUGAAUGUGCGUAAUUCAGAUGGAAGCACACUACUCCAUGUUGCUGCUAUCAUUGGCAACACUGAAGCCGCUAAGAUCCUGGUUGAAAGAAACCCAGAUUUGUUGUUGGCCACAGACAACGUGGGUCACACACCACUCGCCAUAGCUCUAUCCAACAUGCAUACCGAGACAGCUCGUCAUCUGUUGAAACACAUCAAUACUGAGGAGGUGAAGGAUGCUCUUUUUUCAGGCACAAGUGGUGAUGAGCUUUUAGUUACUGUUAUUUCUUCUAAAGAUUUUCGAUUGGCAAAUGAUCUGGUGGAGCAUUACAGGGUAUUGCAUAGUGAUGCUGUGCUGAUGGCUAUAGCUCAAAAUUUCCCAAGCGAACUUAAUAUGUUGGAAUGUAUAGGGGAUGGUAUAGUAGCUGACACAGUAAAUUGGUGGAUGGUGACCAGUUUAGUUUCUAUUGGAAGAUCUCCUCCAUCGGCUUCCUGGGCGUUAAUAAUAAUUAUCCUACCCUUUUGUGGUAGGUCAUGA